AUGGAUUCACAAUUCGUAGUCUCUUUGGAAGACACUUUAAAGCAAACUUUGACACCCGACUCAUCGGUGAUCAAACAAGCAUCACAAAGAUUGACCAAGGAGUUCUAUCCUAAUCCCCAAGCCUUGCCAGCAUUGUUGCAAAUCUUACAGCAAUCUAAUCAAGAUGAAGUCAAACAAUUAGCUGCUGUUGAAGCCAGGAAAUUGGUUGCUGAUAACUGGGAGUCUGUCGAUAGCUCGUUCAAGCCAAACAUUAGGGAUUCCCUUUUGAAAAGUGUCUUUAACGAACAAAACAAACGUCUUAGAAAUGUGUCGGCUUACUUAAUUGCUGCCCUUGCAGAAACAGAUUUAGACGCCAAUGAAUGGCAAGAUUUGUUACCAACCUUGAUUGGUGCUAUUCAAGGCGAUGAUGUUAGGGCCAAAGAGGUUGCGACAUUUACCUUGUACGCUUUAUUGAAUUCCGAGAUUUCUGCUAUGCUUCCUCAUAUUGAUGACUUUGUUGUCUUGUUUGGCAACUUGACCAGAGAUCCAGCAUCAAAGGAAGUUAGAGUUUACUCCGUUUUGUCUUUGGAUGCACUUUCACAAAUCCUUGAGAAUGAUGACGAAGCAUCGGAUCAAGUUGUGGAGAACUUCAGGGCAACCAUACCAGGAAUGGUCGAGGUUUUGAAAGAAGUAGUCACAUCUGACGAUACAGAACUGGCUCAACUUGUUUUCAGUGUUUUCAACAGUUUGGUGCUCACAGACUCAAGGCUAUUGGGAGACCAUUUGGUCAACUUGAUAAAGAUGAUUAGUGAAAUCGUUGCAAACACUCAAUUGGAUGAGGAAUAUAGAGUUUUUGGCUUGCAAUUCUUAAUUUCUUGUGUUUCAUACAGAAAAUCAAAAAUCUCAUCCAACAAAUUGGGUCCACAACUUACCUUGGUUGGGUUGAAAGUCGCAUCCGAGGAGAUUGAUGUUGAGGACGAGUUGGAAAAUGAGGAUGAAGAAAAUGAAAAUGAGGAAAACUCUCCACCUUCGUUGGCAUUGAGAUUGCUUGCUGUUUUGGGAGCGGAGUUGCCGCCAUCCCAAGUUAUAGACCCAUUGUUCGAUGCGUUAGAUCCGUUAUUAACGUCCACAAAUGAGUUUGAGAGACGUGCAGGUAUAUUAGCCAUUGGUGUUUGUUCAGCCGGUGCUCCUGACUACAUCUCACUCAGAAUUCAGAAAAUUAUUCCCGUAUUGAUCAAUGGAAUGAAGGACUCGCAGCUUGUUGUUAGAGUUGCUGCUCUCAGAACUUUGUCCCAAUUGACAGCAGAACUUCAAGAUAUCGUUACUGAUUACCAUGAAGAGUUGUUGCCAUUGAUCAUUGAGAUCAUCGACUCGGCAUCGUCCGUUAUGGCUUACAAAUACGGUUGUAUUGCGUUAGACGGGUUAAUUGAGUUCAUGAACCAUGAUGCCAUGAGCAAAUACAUCGAGCCAUUGAUGCAUAAAUUGUUUUACAUGUUGCAGCAAGCAAACACUGCUACCUUGAAAACAGCAAUCGUGUCUGCCAUUGGUUCAACUGCGUUUGCAAGUGGUAAAGGUUUUACUCCAUACUUUGAAGCUUCGAUCAAACAAUUGGAGCCUUUUAUCUCCAACUCCGCCUCAGUAGAAGGAAUGAGUGAAGAUGACAUAGAAUUGAGAGCAACAACAUUUGAAAAUAUAUCUACUAUGGCUAGAGCUGUUGGUUCUGAUGCGUUCUCUGCAUACGCUAAGCCAUUAGUUGAAGCAGCCUACACAUCAUUAGAGUCUGAUCACCCUAGAAUCAGAGAAUCGGGAUUUGCUUUUAUUGCUAACAUGGCCAAGGUGUACGGUGCAGAAUUUGCCGGAUUUUUGGAUCAAAUCGUUCCCCAAAUUUUGACCUGUUUGGGCCAGGAAGAAUUUACCUUUAAUGUCGAGACUGGCGAAGAUGGAGAGGCUGAAUUCGCAGGUGAUGAUGAAGAUGAAGAUCCUUUGAAAGUUCACACUGGUAUUGCCAUUGAAAAAGAAAUCGCCUCAGUGGCCCUUGGUGAGUUGGCCAUUGGAACAGGAAAAGAAUUCUUCAAGUAUGUUGAACCAUCUUUGACUGCCUUGGCUGAUCAAGUGGAAAACUCGUUCGGUGUGAGAGAAGCUGCUUUAAAUUGUGUGUUUAAAAUUGUCAAAGCUAUGUUUGUUGCUGUGCAAGGUGAAGACUUUAAAGCACCAAAAGGUGUUCCACGACAAUCAUAUGUUGACCCAAGCAUUUUGGCCUUAAUCAUACAAGUGAGGGAUAUUGCUAUUCCACUUUUGGAGGCCGAGUUUGAGUCUACUAUGGUAGCAUGCAUUCUUGACAGUGUUGCAGAUGCCUUGCAUGUAAUUGGUGCUAUAUUUAUAGUUGACAAUGCUAAUGACACAUCCAGCUUGGAGAAAUUAUGCUUUUCGUUGAUGAAUUUGUUAAAGAAAGAACAUCCUUGCCAAUUGGAAGAAGAAGAGAUGCCAGAAGAAGAGGACUCGUCAGAAACCGACGUUUUACUUAACGAAUCUGCAUUAGAAGUGUUGGUCAACUUAUCUUUAGCAUUAGAAGGAGACUUUGUCAAGAUUUUUGAGUCCUUUAAAGGCCCAAUUUUGGCCCAGUUCAACAGCAAAUCAAAGCCAAUGAAGGUUGGAUCUAUUGGAGCAAUUGCCGAGAUGGUUGGGGGCAUGAAAUCCACCAACCCUUUUUCAGCAGAGUUGCUCCCUAUUUUCGUCGACAAACUCGCCAAUGAAAAGUCUAUUGAAGUGAAGGGCAAUGCUGCGUAUGGUAUAGGUUUGAUUGUCGAGUAUAGUCCAGUCGACUUGUCGUCCAGUUACCCUCAAAUACUUGAGUUGCUUUUCCACUUGUUGAACAAAGUGGACAAAAAGGCAAGCUCUGCUGAUGAUGAAGAGGCCAAAGACGUGGUCAACCGUUCGUACGCAAAUGCUUGCGGUUGUGUUGCCAGAUUGAUUGUCAAGAACCAACAAGCAGUUCCGUUAGAGCACGUUAUUGGCCCAUUGUUGGAACAUCUUCCAUUGGAAACCGGGUUUGAAGAAAACACACCAAUUUUCGAGGCUAUCAUUAAGUUAUAUGAGUCUGGUAAUGAAAGUAUUGUGUCACAAACUCCAAAAAUUGUUGACAUAUUUGCAGGUGUUUUCAAAGCUGAAGAGGAGAGAAUUAAGUUGAUCAACGAAAGUACCUUGGGAAGAGAAGAAAACAUUGAUGCCAGGAAGCAAUUUUCGUCUGAGGAAUUGAAAUCAAAAGUUGUUCAACUUUUAAAGUUUUUGAAUCAAAAAUAUGAUGGUGUGGUUUCUUCAAACGAGACUUUGAAACUAGUUAUACAGUAA